UUCAGCAAUAGGGUAAUUGAAUUAGAUUAAGAUAUUUCCAAUAUAAAAGAUAUAAAAGAGAGAAAGUUAUUUUCAGUCAAGCUAUUAAUUAACAGGAUCCUUGCAAACAGAAAGUUUGUAUGAGUUCAUAUCGCCUUAUUAUUUAUUCACAUCAUAUGCUUCUUGAUGUCUCAUGUUUUUAACAGGAGCAUUCAGUAAAGGUUGUUAGCUGGCAAAAAUACCAUAUCUGCACUGGAGUAACAAAAAUAAAUGGAGGAAGAUACUAAAGAAAGACAUCUGCAACAUGGAACGAUGGAAGAAAAUCCUAACCAGAGGUUACCGAAGCAAUUACAGGCCCUUGCAGAAGCGAUAUUACCAGAACAGCAAGCUUUCCGAAGGACAAUGUCAAUGGGCGACACAGGGAGAGUAAAUGGACCACCUACUAAACCAAAACCAGAGUGGAAACCAAUCAAAAAGACUGUGUCAAUGCUUGAUAUAAAGAUAUUGGAAACAGAACCUCCACCUACAAAAGCAAAAUCAAAGUGGCAAUCAAUUCACAGGACUUUGUCAAUGGUCGAUAUAAACGAAGUGAAAAAAGAACUACUACCCGCGACAGCAAAACCAGAGUUGCCACUAAUUAACAGGACUGUGCCAAAGGUCAAUAUGGACAAAGUGAAAAAAGUACCACCUCCUACGAAACAAAAACCACGAAAAAUACAGCCACUUCACCUACAAUCUUCACUUGUACAAACCAACAGCAGAGAAAAUACUUCUGUCAAAAAAAGCACAUCACAAGCACAGAUGGUGAACGAAGGGAAUAAUGCGGAAAAAAGUCAACUAUCAGCGAUGGAAAAUCAAGGAGGCAAUCAGAUGCAAUUAGAAAGGGCGGAAAAUGCUCCAUUUCAAAGACAAUUCCAAAUGUUCUUAAAAAGCGAUGAAAAAAAUUCUUUUGUGCAGUUAUUAGAAAAUACAAUCCAAAAUCAACAAGACCAAGUAGAAGUAACUGACACUAAAGCUGACCUUGUACGUGUGGAACAAGAACAUUCUCAGGUUAGACAAUUUUGGCUUAUUUUCAAAUCUUCAUUAUAGGCACUAAUACUUACUUCAAUUUAGGUUGUCUAAGGCCUAGAUUAGAUGCAUUAUUUUUGCCGUUUUAAACUUAAUUUAGUCUAAUAUGUUUGACAAAAAGAUGACGUCUACAUUGACAUAAUUAAUUAAUGUCGACGUUAUUCAAAAGUUACAGGAGAAUGUGCUGAUACAAUCGCCAAUAGUGAGGCACGGCAUUAGACGUCUACUUUUUGUCAAGGGAAACUAAAUAAAAUCGGAUUUUGUUUUUCGGGGCAGAAAUACGAAUGGGCAGUAAUACAAUACUCGACGUGAUUAUUAUCAUUUUUAUUUUUAUUUUUUUAAUUUUGUAAUUUUGUAAUUAAUGUAAUUAUUACAAAUCAUGAACGAAUGAUUUACACAGUUUUGCUCUCAAGAGGAGAAGAGAAAAGAAUAGUUAGGAAAAAUCAACUCCUGUGUCUUCACUUUCUCGUAAUUCAAGUAAAGCUUAGUAAUUAGGACAUUUCCCCUCAGUUAAACUAGUUCCUUUUUUAUGGGACCCUCAUUUCUUAGCUAACAAAUACUACCUACCCUCAAGAAACAAUCCACCUCUUUUUUAACUUUUCCUGUAAAUGCACCAUUAGGAACAUUACUUAUCCAAUUACUGUAAAUGACUUGUUCUGAAAAUACUCCACAUACCUUGACCCAUACUGCAUUGCCAUUUAAAAAUUUAAGUUUUUUAGCACUAUCAAUAAGAACGUCCUUGUCUCAAUAUGAUCUUAAAAAAUUGAAGUCAAUUAAUACUAAUUUAGUGAUAGUAGUAAUAGUAAUCUUCUAUUUAAGGUGAACGAAGGGAAUAAUGCGGAAAAAAGUCAACUAUCAGCGAUGGAAAAUCAAGGAGACAAUCAGAUGCAAUUAGAAAGGGCGGAAAAUGCUCCAUUUCAAAGACAAUUCCAAAUGUUCUUAAAAAGCGAUGAAAAAAAUUCUUUUGUGCAGUUAUUAGAAAAUACAAUCCAAAAUCAACAAGACCAAGUAGAAGUAACUGACACUAAAGGUGACCUUGUACGUGUGGAACAAGAACAUUCUCAGGUUAGACAAUUUUGGCUUAUUUUCAAAUCUUCAUUAUAGGCACUAAUACUUACUUCAAUUUAGGUUGUCUAAAGCCUAGAUUAGAUGCAUUAUUUUUGCCGUUUUAAACUUAAUUUAGUCUAAUAUGUUUGACAAAAAGAUGACGUCUACAUUGACAUAAUUAAUUAAUGUCGACGUUAUUCAAAAGUUACAGGAGAAUGUGCUGAUACAAUCGCCAAUAGUGAGGCACGGCAUUAGACGUCUACUUUUUGUCAAGGGAAACUAAAUAAAAUCGGAUUUUGUUUUUCGGGGCAGAAAUACGAAUGGGCAGUAAUACAAUACUCGACGUGAUUAUUAUCAUUUUUAUUUUUGAAUUUCCGCGCCCGAAGGCGUAGGAAAUUCUUUAAAACCGUCGUUUUUUUCUUUCGGAGCAUUUUUUGAGAAAAAAUCGACCCUGGGAUUUCACGUUGCUCCGUCACAGAUGUAAAUUUCGUACCCAAGCUCCUUAACUACUGGGAAGUCUCGUAUUGACGUUUCAGGCCAAAAUUGGUAUUUGUUUUCGACAAAAUUUGGCACAGUUAACAAAAAAAGUAUGCUGAGCAUAAUGGUGACAUAAUAAUUUUGAGGUUUGUCACCUAAAUGUCAUUUUAGGCCAAAAUUAGUCGAAAAAUUAGAACUACUUUAUUUUGAACAAAAUUUGGCACAGUUAACAAAUAAAGUAUGCUGAACAUGAUGAUGACAUCAAAAUUUUGGUUUUUUGCCACCUUAACUGUCAUUUUAGGCCAAAAUUGGUCCAAAAAUUAAAACCACUUCAUUUUCAACAAAAAUUGGCAAAGUUAACAAAAAAAGUAUGUUGAACAUAAUGGUGACAUCAAAAUUUUGAUUUUUGUCACCUAAAUGCCAUUUUAGGCCAAAAUUGGUCCAAAAAUUAAAACUACUUCAUUUUCAACAAAAAUUGGCAAAGUUAACAAAAAAAGUAUGCUGAACAUAAUGGUGACAUCAAAAUUUUGAUUUUUGUCACCUAAAUGUUAUUUCAGGCCAAAAUUUAUCCAAAAAUUAAAACUGCUUUAUUUUCGACAAAAAUUGACACAGUUAAUAAAAAAGUAUGCUGAAAAUGAUGGUCACAUCAAAAUUUUAAUUUUUUGUCAACUAAUGCCUAAAAAAUAAUUAAGACCAUAAACGUUUCAGUCACAAGACUUUCAACCAUGAAUGAUAGGCUGUAUUUUUUGUUAGCAAUUUCUUUUAAAAUGUGAGUUUAAUGACACGUUUCGUUUUGUUUGCGUUUGUUGUAAGAUAUAAUGUCACUGGUGUGCUUUAUCUUCAGAGGUUCAUGCACCAAACCCCUUCGAAUGUUUGGCACAAUAACACAACGAAUUAGCAGGUUUUCAUCAAUUAUUUUGGUAGCGCGCGGAAAUUCUUAGAGCCCCCAGGGCUUCUUGUUAUUUUUUUAAUUUUGUAAUUUUGUAAUUUUGUAAUUAAUGUAAUUAUUACAAAUCAUGAACGAAUGAUUUACACAGUUUUGCUCUCAAGAGGAGAAGAGAAAAGAAUAGUUAGGAAAAAUCAACUCCUGUGUCUUCACUUUCUCGUAAUUCAAGUAAAGCUUAGUAAUUAGGACAUUUCCCCUCAGUUAAACUAGUUCCUUUUUUAUGGGACCCUCAUUUCUUAGCUAACAAAUACUACCUACCCUCAA